CCCAAUGUAAUGGUCCUCUCCACGGCAAGGUUUCAUUCGGCAGUGUAGAGCAAUGGCAAGAGCAACUCUUCUCCACUUGCUGCGAUCGCGGGCGACGCGCGCCUCUCCCAGAUUCCUCCCUUCAGCCUGUCAUUGUUCUAGCUCCUGGACAUCCGGACGUGUUAUCAGUGCCAAUCCUGCAUCCAAGUUUUCCGUUCAGCUUGCCGCUGUCCAAAAGAGAUGGGCAUCCCAAUCCGUGACAACAGAGGAAGAUGACAAGAUUAGCAUUGGACCUCGUAGUAGGGGACAAUCUGGUGAAGAUGACAAGGAAAAUGGAGUUGUUUAUUAUGGUCCUAUCUCAUCCACCAUAAAAAAAGUUAAACUUUUAUCUCUCUCAACAUGCUGCCUCUCUGUAUCUCUCGGCCCUGUCAUAACCUUCAUGACAUCCCCUGACAUGAAUGUCAUCUUGAAGGGUGCAGUGGCAUCAUCUGUAAUAUUCCUCAGUGCUUCUACAACAGCUGCGCUUCACUGGUUUGUUAGCCCUUACAUUCACAAACUCAGGUGGCAGCCUGGUUCAGAUAGCUUUGAGGUGGAGAUGAUGUCAUGGCUGGCUACUUAUGUGCCCAAGACGAUUAAGUUUUCUGAUAUCCGUCCACCUGACACCCAGAGACCUUUUGUGACAUUUAAGGCUAAUGGGAACUAUUACUUUGUCGACACAGAGCAUUGCCAUAAUAAGGCACUUUUGGCAAGAUUGACACCACAAAAAGUACCUCAGGAGUCUGCUUUCAAAAACUUGUGAUUUGAAACACACUAAUAUAAACCCUCAGAUAGUUUGCUGUUAAGGAUGGUAUUGAUUUCCCUGGGUCAAUUUCCAUCUGCGGAUAAAUUUUUCUGUCCCGAUAUUUCUGUUUUGAUAGAAUAAAAUGUUUGAGACUUGAUUUAUAAAGAACUCACUUGGGUGGCAUUUUGCAA